AAAAAAAAAAAAAAACUUAUUGUUCCUCGUUUAAUGUUCGCAAAAAGGCACUUGGACACUCCACAGAAGUUUAGGCAAAAUAUUGUAUGUGUGCUACUAAUACAAGGGGUUGGACAAAAUAAUGGAAACACCUAAUGUUUUGGCAUCAUAAUCAUUGAACAUAAUUGUUAAAGAAUGGCAUGAGGAACAUUCUCAUGAAGUUGAGCAUCUCGUAUGGUCAGCACAAUCCCCAGACUUCAACAUAACUGAGCAUUUAUGGUCGGUUUCAGAGAUUCAAUUAAGACAUCGAUUUCCACCGCCAUCAUCUCUGAAAGAGUUAGAGGGUAUUCUAACUGAAGAGUGGGUCAAAACUCCUUUGGAAUAAGUUCACAAGUUGUUUGAAUCAAAACCUCGGAGAAUUGAGGCUGUAAUUGCCGCAAAAGGCUCAUCUACACCAGGGGUCCCAAACCUUUUUUGCACCACGGACCGGAGUAAUUUGGUUCUUUUUUUCCACGGACCGGUGUUCUGUCAAAUUUUGCACCCUGAUAAAAUGUUGCUCCCAAAGCUUUUGUGGCGGUGAAAAAAGCCCUCUUUUAUAUUCAGUUGGACUCUAAAUGUUAUCCAACGGUGCUAAAAAACUAUUUACAUCAUAAACAUACAUGUGCAACACGAAAAUGGUGUAAAUUAAUGCUUGACAACACGGAGAAGUCGUUAAGUGAGAGCUGCGUGCAGUUGUGUGCAGGCAGCUAACAUGGCAAACGUAAGUUAAUAUUCCCUUCUUUAAAGAAAGUUUGUAGUGUGUACUUUGGAAUCGCUACAUUCGCGGUCAUUUUUAACGUUACACGCAUGCCAAAUUUGUCAGAACAAUACAGCAAAUAUAAAACAACAUUUGUUUUUAGCCCCGUCGUGUUAAGUGCAGGGAAAAUACAACUCACCCGCUGAAUCAGUGGGAGGCCUGAGCUUGUUUCGUUUGUUUCAGUGCUCUCCUAGCGAUGUCAAGAUAUUCCGAAAUGACUUUAAUCCAGAACCUCGGUAGAGUUGUUGUCUCAAAUUUACAUUUAAGGUUACCGUGAUUUGCGAUCUCUACAAGCUGAUAUUCCUGUUGCACAGACGUGCUCGAAACACUCUGUUUAUUCACAUACGGGUCCACUCCUUCGCAGUUCGUGGGUCUUUAGUCAUUGGGAAGUAGCAUAGAUUUAGUUUUCUUUGAGGUUGUAGGCUCAUCUUGUGGCUCGUGAGGUUCUCUUUUCCCUGUAAAAAAAUCUGUCCAAAGACGUCUGUUUUUCAGUCAUUCUAGUGUAGGGGCUAAUUAUUUACGGGAACAAAUGUGAUGCGCCCACCUUACGUCAGACAUUACUAUCGAGGACAAGCGCACAUAGAUAUACAAAACAAGAUGUACUGCUAACAGUCCAAUCAAUGCAUUUAUAUGACGACCUCCCAUUCUGUAGUUGUCUAGAGUAGACAGGGAUAUUGGUGUGUUAAGCGGCACAGGCCAAAGUCAAUCGGCCAGAAAGCAGUUGUUAAUAAAUCAUUUAUUAUUUCUGCGUGGCCGGGUACCAAAUGCGCCACGGACCGGUCGUUGGGGGCCCCUGAUCUACACCAUUAUAAAUUCGUUUUGUUGAUUUUUUUUUAAAGGUGUUUUCAUUAUUUUGUCCAAACCCUGUAUGUGACCAGUCCAGGGUCUACCCCAUUUCCUAACCCAAUGUCAGUCUUUGACCUUACAACAGUGAUCAUCAUUUCCAUUGUUCUGUAUUACGCUCCAGGUCACAAUCAGAUGAAUGCAUCAAAUUUGACCCUAAGAACCAACCUCACACAUCUUUUUACUCUCCAAGAUACAAUUCGACCUCUACACAGAGAAGGGAGAAGUAUCCCAAGGGGGAGGAGUGAGGCCAAAAUGUUAUUGUGUGAGACCUUUCUUCAGGGCAUGGCCUAAUAGCUGGCAUUUUCCACAUUCUGCCUGGGACACUGACUUAAAGGAGGUUUCGCUCCAACGCUGGGGUUGCAUGUGCAAAAUUUACCAAGAGGGUGUCAGGAAUUUCAAUCUUUGCUUCCAAAACAGACUGGCAGCAUGGGGGCCGAUUUGGGGCGUGAGCUAGAACUGCACACAAUUUUCUAGCAUCUUCAUUUUGAGACUUUGGACACCUCCUUGUAUUUGAGGCUGCACCGUCUCCUCACCAAACUGCUGCCAGAGUGACAUGCAAACGGUUCACGCAAAAAUGUCGCUUGGCUUGAGGAAAUUCGUCCACGCUGUUGCCUUUGGUGGUAAUGCCUGAGGUAAAGUGACUGGGAUUAUGUUGGCGGUGACGCUCACGGCAGCGCUGGUCUAUCUCACGGCGCAAAACAGCGGCGCCAUGACCCUGGGAACGGCGUGCUGGGACGAGAGACGGACAAGGGUGGGCAGGAACGGCAGCUGUGCAGCUUUGCAGCCCUUCCUGAUCUUUGGCCAUGGUAAAGCCAUACACAGGAUGGACCUGGAUGGGAAGAACCACAGACGGCUGGUAUCUGGGGUGGCGUCAUCCAUGCUGCUAGAUUUCCAUUUUAGAGACGAAAGAAUUUACUGGGUGGACAAGCAUGCGGGAAUCAUCUACAAAUCGUCUGUGAGAGGCGCACACAAACAGAAACUGUACUCAUCUGACAAACACAUCUCGGGCCUCACUGUAGACUGGAUUUGGAACACCGUAUACUGGACGAGCAGGGAAAAGGGUAGAAUCAAGAGGAUGGAUACAAACGGGAAAAAUGAAAAGACUCUUGUUAGGCACUUGAAUCAGCCGAGUUCGAUUGUGAUCGACCCUACUAAAAGGUUUUUGUUUUGGCUAUCUGGUGGAAUGACCCCAAGCGUCCAGCGUUCGGAUGUGACAGGACACACACAAAUGACACUGAUUAAAACCUCACAACAGUUGAAGGCACUUUCUAUUGACCACGGAGACAAAAGACUAUUCUGGGUCCAGUUUGGUCUGCAAGGGGAAAGCGCCAUCGCCUCUUCGGACUAUAACGGAAAAGCCCUGCACAUCAUAGAUCAGCCCCUUCAGUCUGAUUUGCUGGGACUAGCGGUUUUCCUCGAGUACGUAUAUUAUACUGACGGCACAUCGCAAGCAAUAAAACAUGUCAACAAGUACACCGGUGGAGACGCUGUGGAUGUCAGUAUAAAGCAAAUGUCAAAAGUCCCGGUGGAUAUAAAAGUGGUUCAUCCUGACAUGCAGCCAAUGGCGGACUCACCACCCCUAGUUCCAGGAUGUGAUGAACAGAGCGGAAACUGUAUCAAUGUGUGCUCAAAACCAGCUGAGCAGGGAGUUUGUAAAUGCAACAAGGGCUUUGCUCUCAGUAAGCAAGGCUCCUAUUGUGAAGAUGUGAAUGAAUGCGCCCACUGGAAUCACGGAUGCUCGCUUGGCUGUGAAAACAUUCCAGGAUCUUAUUUCUGCACCUGCCCCAAAGGAUAUGCCCUUCUGUCGGACAAAAAAACAUGCAAAGAAAUCAUAGCCUGUGAAGGUAACGCCACAGAGUGUGGUCACAGUUGUCUGGCAACAGAGGAGGGUCCCGCAUGUGUUUGUCCAAAGGGCUCCGUUUUAAAGGAGGAUGGACAGGCCUGUACAGGCUGUGCCUCUGUAGACAGAGGGGGUUGCAGUCAGCUGUGCAUCCCGGUAUCCCCCACUAGGUGGCAAUGUGAUUGCCUGCCUGGUUAUCAUCUUCACCAUGACGGCAAGCGGUGCAUUGCCUCAGGACCACCACCAUAUCUGCUUGUUGCCAGUCUAGUGGGUGUACAGAGAAUCGAUAUUAAUGGCACUGAGGGUCAAACCCUCGUGGAAGAGCCCAGAGGAACUAUUGUAUCUUUGGACUAUGAUCCAAUGUUCAAUCAUGUUUACUUUGCAAGUACAUCCAAGAAAGCCAUCGAACGGGUCCAUGUGAAUGGUGGGUUCAGACAACUUCUCAUCAACAACGGUCCGGAUUCGAACAGCGCACUGACUGUCGAUUGGAUCCAUCGCAAGAUGUAUUGGACUGUUACGAGCCAGUCAACAGUGGUCAGCAGCACCUUGGAUGGAUUUAAUAUGACAACUGUAGCGAGCAGCGGACUUGACAAACCAACAUCCAUUGCAGUUCAUCCUCUGGAAAAGAAGUUGUUCUGGGCGGAUAUUGGAAGUCAACCUAAGGUGGAAAGCUGCUCUUUAGACGGAAAGGACCGAACAGUGAUCGCAAAUACCAACCUUGUGGCACCCGGUGGUUUGACGGUGGACUUCGCUGAUGGUCGCCUGUUCUGGUGUGACGAAACCAGGGUGGAGACCUGCUCUCUGGACGGUUCCGACAGAUGGGUCCUGCUAGAGAACCAUGUAGGACGGCCAUUUGACCUGGCUGUGUUUGAGGACAGGUUGUGGUUGGUGGACAGAGAUCACCGGCAGCUGAUGAGUGUGCACAAGCGGACUGGAAGGGAACUGCAAUACAUCCGUAGUGACUUGGUCCUCCCUGCUGCAGUUGUGGUGGUGCAUCCACUUGCUAAACCAGGGUUAAUGCUAUACAACAAGACAGUAAGUGUGACAACACUUCCAAACAAAAUAUUCAAUAAUGAAAACACACCGGCACCACCCUCUAACAGAACAGAUGUGGACUCGGACAUUGAGGCAAGGAUGUUCACAGACAAGAUGGUAUCAGACCAGCAUGAGUGUUAUUCGGCUGGAUCAUGCGGUCCAAAUGCCAAGUGUCGCGUGAUUGCCGGCCAUCCAGUCUGUUCUUGUCUGGAGGGUUUUACUGGUGAUGGACAUUCGUGUGUGGAAAUGCGUAUCAUGCCACCGUUGGUGACAACCAGCCGCCCUGGAAACUCUGUGGAGAGUUGCCCCUCCACACAUGAGUCUUACUGCUUAUACCAGGGUGCCUGCUUCUACUUGCCUGAGGUGGAGUCCUACGCCUGCAAUUGCAUAGCUGGCUACAUGGGCGAGCGCUGUCAGUUCAGCGACUUGGAGUGGUGGGAACUUCAGCAGGCCGAGGUGGAGAAGCGGAGGAACUUAGUAGUGGCCACCUGCAUGGUACUAUUGGUCUGCCUGCUCUCUGUCAGCGCCUGUGUCGUCUACUGCUACAGAUCUAGAAGACUGUUGCCCAAGCAAACCUCGGCGGAUAAUGUGAGCGAGAUCAGUGUGGAAGCUGAGGGCGUGUUGGAGAAUGCAAAAGACGGUGCACCUCAGGUUUACACGGAAGUUGACAGCAAUCCCAAAGGAAGUGCCUUCCAGCCAACUCGCUGUCCGAGGAGAGCUGUAUGCCCAUCGUGCUCAUCAGAGACAGGGGACAACCAAUCUGAAGAGACGGGCGCAUGGUCCAAACACAACAAGGCGUAUGAGUGCUCCAUGAUGUCUACUGUUGCUAUGGAGUCCAAUCAGAAACCCCACCAAAACACGAGUCAGUCACUGGACACCAUCACUCCAACGGAACUCCCCUGUUUAGAGUCAACUGCCUCCUUCAGAGUUUGAGCCUUGAUUUACAUGCUUCUUACGUUAGGGUUCAACAACAUCCUAGAUAUGACAGUACAGUGUUCACACAAGAUUACAUAAUGAAUUUGGUUCUAUGGAGCUAGUUCAACCAAGAUUCCAUCAUCAUAGUGAGUGGUAUAGAAAACUGAUGGAACGAGAUCAUUUUUAUUUUUUUCGGGAGGGGCCAGUUCUGAUACUUCCUGUUAAACUAAUAGGUACAUCCCAUUAUUGAGCAUAGUGUUACACGGAUACCAAUAUUAGUAUUAGCCAGUUGUGAUACCGCCUGUUAAACUAAUGGGUAAAUCCUAUAGUUGAUCAUAGUGUUGCACUGGGUA